CACACGCACGUGCAUACGCACAGCUCUCACACAGACGCGGAUUAGGGAUCAACUGUUCGUUCGCGCACUGGAUUAUCAACUUCUGAAUCUAGCAUCCCUCUGAAUUCCACGGUUUAUUCGAAUCCUUCUCGGAGUACUUGUAAAUAGCUGUCAUUUACACGACUGACGGAAUCCCAAUGGCAUCCAAUAAUAUGUACAGAGUCGGGGAUUUCGUUUAUUUUGAAUCAUCAGCCACUGCUCCAUAUCAAAUCCGUCGAAUAGAUGAACUUAAUAAAACUCCUACUGGUGCUGUUGAAGCUAAAGUUGCCUGUUACUACCGUAGACGUGAUGUAUCCAGUGCUUUGAUCAACCAGGCAGAGAAAUAUUAUGGCAGUGAUGAUGAUUAUGAUGAAGAAUGUACAAAUGAAAUAGCCAAUUCAAAUAAUAAUGAUAAUAACUCCAAAGAAGGCUUAAAACGCUCUAAUACUGUAAUCACUGAACAACAGAAGCAUCAGUUAAAACAUCGAGAAUUGUUUCUUUCACGACAAGUUGAAUGUCUACCAGCUACGCAUAUUAGGGGCAAAUGCUCGGUUACACUACACAAUGAUGCAGAACCAUUGACAAAUUACCUAGUCAGAGAUGAGGCAUUUUAUUAUAAACUUAUAUAUGAUCCUAAUUUAAAAACUCUUCAAGAAGAUAGAGGUUCAAUGAGAAUUGGAUCAGAUUAUCAGUCUGAGAUACAAUGCUUACUGAAAUCAAAAUCAGAAGAUGUACGAUUGACUGAAGUACAUGAGGAGUUAGUUUGGUCCCCUUCCCAUUCAUUAACAGUUCAAGAGAUCGAUAUGUUUUGUUUAUUAGCCAAAGCCGUUGGCACAUACGGUCGUGCACAUGAUACUUCAUCAUCUACUAGACAACCACUUCUACUGAGUGCUACAGCUUCAGCUGCACGUGAUAUAACUCGUCAACAUGCGCAUGAUAUACUUCAUGAAGCCAAUUACGACUUGAAUAAAGCCAUAAAUCUUCUAUUACCUGGUGGUCAACCUAUUAUUUAUCGUGAUCAGUUAGAAGAUUGGUCUGCAAAUGAAACAAAUAUAUUUGAAGAAGCAUUAGAUAAAUAUUCGAAAGUAUUCACAGAUAUACUUUCUAAUUGCUUACCAUGGAAAACUCAUAAAUCAAUAGUUGAACUUUAUUAUUUUUGGAAAACUACAGAUCGUUAUGUUAGACAACGUCGUACUAAAUUAGCUGCUCAGGAACAUAAAUUAAAACAAGUUUAUAUUCCAAAUUAUAAUAAACCUAAUCCAGCUGUAUUGUAUCAUAAUACGGAUAAAACAAUUAAUCGACCAUGUGAAGGAUGUGGAUCAUUAAAUUCCCCUCAAUGGUAUGCAUGGGGUCCAUCGAAUGCUAACUCUCGUCUAUGUACUGAUUGUUGGUCUUAUUGGAAACGUUAUGGUGGUUUGAAAAGUAUCGAAUCUAAAGAGCGUCCUACUACAACCUUACGCACUCAGCAACAGUUAAACAAUUCAACAGUUGAAACUAAUUCAAAAUCUGGUGGUCCUAUUAACAUUACCGGAUCAGUGAAUCAUCAAUUCAAAUCUCAUUCUAUUGGCUUAUCAAGUGGGGCUUUAGAUGGUGGUGACAUUGAUACAUAUACAAAUGACCAUCAUCAUCAUAAUAAUACGUCUGCUACAAACAUGACUAAUAAUGCUAAUCUUUCCGCUGCUAAUAGUAAAUUAAUUGAUGGAUCUGGAUUCUUUGGUACUUUAAUCGGUACCCCAAGAGGAACGCAAUGCUUUAGAACUCCGCCCAUUAUACGUCUAGCACGCAUACUUUGUCCAAAUCUUGUUCAACCUCUACGCUUAGCUCGACAUCCUGGUGGAGUACCAGAAAUUUUCUCAUCUAAGCAACAAGUCCAACAUGAAAGCGAAUGCAAUGAAUCUAAUCUAACAGAGAUGGAUAAUUUGUCUGAAUCUAAUAUGAUGUUGAUGUAUGCAACACUGAAGGCUGCUGCUCAGCCAAUAAUAGCACGUAUACACGAUCCAUCAAUUUUAUUGACUCGACCACGGAGAGCACGACGCUUAAAUGAUGUGAUUGAUUCAAUGGCUUCACGUAAAGGUAUUGUGUUUCAGCCAUUAGAUUUAUCAUCAACUUUAAAGUUAUCAGUUGCAAAUGGUCCUGUCUAUGAUCGUAAACGUCCUCAUUCACCUGUCUCUAUAAAUGCACCAUCUUCAAAAAAAUUACAUGAAACUGACGAUAAAGUAAAUAAGAGUAAAAACUCGUCAAUGUUGACAGAAAAUAUCACAAGUGAAAAAUGUUUAACUAAUGGAAAGAGUACGGCAUCUGUUAUGGGCACUAGUCCGUUUAUUACUAAGUCCGAUUGUUCUCUUUCAUCCGCCUCCACUGCUGUUUCAUCCAGGCCAAAAAAAUCAUCAUUAACAACUGAUUCUAGUUUAAUUAAUCAGAAUUUAAUUUUAACUAGUAAUGGAAUUUCUACUGAUGACAGAACAACAAUCAUAUCGAAAUUUGAAUCGGAGCUAAUUCAGUAACUCCACCAGGGUCAAAGAAUGUAUCCGAAUCAAAUUUACUUAACUAAUCGACAGUUCCCUGUCAAACCAAUGUAAACUUGUGUGUUGCUCUUUCUUUCUAUCCCCUCUCCAACUCCACUUCUUUUUAUUGCCACUUCUCUUUGAAAAGAGUUGUUUGGCGUAACCGAUACUCUCUUAUGCACUUGUGUUUUGUUUUCUUUUUCCGUGUUAUCAGUGUUAUUAGUAAUAACUAUCCACGUCUAAAAUGAUGAAUGGUAAAAAAGGUACUAAUCUCCUAUUUUUCCUAAUGCCUUUUGUCUUCUCAUUUGUAUUUGUGAAUCUUUAUAGUCUUAAUUUUGUGGACUGAGGUUCUGUAUUUUUAUGUUAUUAUUAUUGUUAUUAUUAUCACACUAUCAUUAUUGUUAUUAUAUUAUUAUUACUAUAUUCACUGUUUCGUAAUUUCACUUCCCCUAAAACACUACAUGCUUUUGUAUUGAUAAAAAGUUAUUCAUACACUUCGCCGUACCCAUGACUUUAUUCCAACAAUGCUUUUUUGUGCGCGAGUGAAUGAUUUACCAGCUAUUAAUAUUGAAUGCCUAUCCUUGAUACGUUUUUUGUAUGCCAACUAUGAUAUUAAAGAGUUGUAAUUGUAGUCUAUUUUAUCUGACAGUUUCUUUGUCUUAAAUAAACUACUAAUUGUUAAUAUUUUUUUUCAAGAAAGUGAAAUUUUACCACGCAGAACUAAACGAAAAUUUCCACACACACACACCUUACAAUUUUUUGAUGCUUAGUGUUGACAAUUCACUAAAUUUUGUAAACAGACGUUGUGUAUUAUGGAAUGUUGUAGUGAUUUUAAACCGUUUGUCUCAAUUGGGAAUGAAUAUCUUCAUUUGUCCAUUGUAUCUAAGCAUUUCACUUACGCACAUCCACCUUUAUUGCACUGUAUUGUGUUUUUUUUUUCAAAUACAGGCUUAUCCUAU